UUGAGUCUCAUGCGCUGCAUUUGGGACAUGAGGUCAAACUCCAGGGAAGGCACCACUCUGCAGUCAUGAAGUAGAAUGACAAGGGACAGUCUCCUCCAUGUUUUCAUGAAAACAAGUCUGGCCUGGUGGACCUGGGAUCCCCAGCAGCUGGGCUCAGGCAGGGAGGAGAGGGGACUGCAGCCCGGUAGGUGGGAGGUGGCUGCGUCCCGCUGAGCAAGUCUGUUCCCACAGGUGUGCUGGCCCUGUGGGUCCUGGUCACUCACGUGAUGUACCUGCAGGAUUACUGGAGGACCUGGCUCAAGGGGCUACGUGGCUUCUUCUUCGUGGGCAUUCUCUUCUCAGCUGUCUCCGUCGCUGCCUUCUGCACCUUUCUUACAUUGGCCAUCACCCAGCAUCAGAGCCUCCUGGAUCCCAGCAGCUACUACCUCUCCUGCGUGUGGAGUUUCAUAUCCUUCAAGUGGGCCUUCCUGCUCAGCCUCUAUGCCCACCGCUACCGGGCUGACUUUGCCGACAUCAGCAUCCUCAGUGAUUUCUGACCCAGGAACUGAGAUCACUGUGGCCUGGGGGGGACCUGAGGACCUGAACUCAGCCCCUGAGACAUCAAGUGGGCCUACCCCCCACCCCCGCCAUGCCCUGGAGACCCCAGAACUGUGGCAGAAGAUACACAAGAGGACCACUACAGUUUCCGAGGAAACUGUCUAUAUAUCUCCUUUGCAGGGGUGGGGGGGGGAGACUGGUGUAGUGGAGGGGGUUCUCACAAAUAGCUCCUCAGCCUAGCUGGAAGGCAGCUUAGAUCCAUUCCGGUGGAUUGAUCAGCACUUUGUAAGUCAGGCCAGAGCAAUGGAGUGAAGAGAGAGGGGAUAAGACUCUGAAGUCUGGACCUCUGGCUAAGGACAGGUUUGAUCCCUGCUGCCCCAGGCACACUCACUGAGGCUGGAGUGAGAAACUGGGGUGUUCAGGUCAAGUGAGGAACCUCUAAGAGGCCUCUCAGCCCCCUCCCUUGCAUUCUGUUAUCCCCAAAGGCCAUGUAGUUAAAGUCAUGUCUCAGAAAGGUGACCUGUGGCCCUGUCCUCAAGGGAGAAGAGUUGAAUGGAGAGUUCUGGGUCCCUACUCCCAUCCUUCCACUCAGAUCUGGUCUAGGGCCGGUCUGUCUGUGUGUCACAAGUCCACACACCUGAGCACCCUCCAAAUGAGGCUAACCGAAGGACCAUAGCAAGUGCAUUCCUGCUCCCAGAAAGGCUUUUGAGCGAAGGGGACACACACCAGCCCAGCUUACCACCCUUCAACUAGAGGUUUGAUCUUUAAAAAAGAAAAGCCUUUUCCCUCAUGAAGGACAACUUGUGCUUUUCUUCCCCGACCCUGGGGCUCCCCUAACUCCAUGGUGUGUGUUAUCCCCAUCUCUUUCUUCAGGCUGCCAUUUUGCACAUCUACUCCUUUUCUACUUGUCCCGCCCCUAGCUCUGCCUUAUCUGUCACCUUAGCAGAAAUACAGUGGGCAUUUGUAUCAGACAGCUUUCAGGUUGUUUUCUUGGGGAAGUAGGAAACUUGGGAGCAAAUUGUGGGGAAUGAUGGGCAGGGAAGGGUAAGUCCUUAAGCUAUCUCAAUAAACCAUUUUGCUAAAUUGCACUCGGGAGGGCAGGGGUAGGGUCUAUCUACCAGCGCUAGAGCUGCUCAGCACCAGAAAUAUAGUGGCUCUAGCUCAGUUCUUUCCUGGGCUCCCUGCUCUGCCCAGCCAGGGUUAGGAUACCCACAAGCACCACCCUAACAACCCCCCAAAAGAUUCAGCAUCUGAAGCCCCUCUUCCCUCCACCUCUGUCAGGCUGCUCAGGGCUCAGAUCCAGGACUAUGCGAAUGAGAGACUGGCAAAGCCUGGCAGGCAAAACCAGCAAGGCAGGCCCUGGAGCCUCACUGCUCACGCUGGGCAUACUUGUCCCAACUUGUCUCACCCACUCUUCCUGGCUCAGUACGUGCUUAAGAAGCCAUGCCACAGGAAAGCAGAAAGCAAACAGAAAACAGUGUCCACUUCUAGAACCUUCUAUUGAUACCCAGAGGCCCCCUGGAGGUGAUGAGACUAAACUCGGCUCCCAGCUAGAAUUUAAGUCCAGGUGCGGUGAUUUCAUGAUCCUUUGAGGUGCUUGGUUGAAUAAGCCCUAUGUUCCCUUCC